CCGGGGGCGGCGGCGGCGGCCGCAGCGAGGUCUGGGCACAGGCUCCGCCCGCGCAGGGCGUGUCCCUCGGGGCGUGGCGUGCCGGGGCGACGCGGGCCGACGUGCCGUACGCGCCUCCCCGCGGCGGUCCGGGGACUGCUGGCCCCAGCGCCGGCCUCUCGGAGGCGGGCCGGGCAGACGGCGGCGGCCAUGUUUGUGGCGCGCAGCAUCGCGGCGGACCACAAGGACCUCAUCCACGAUGUGUCUUUCGACUUCCACGGGCGCCGGAUGGCCACCUGCUCCAGCGACCAGAGCGUCAAGGUCUGGGAUAAAAGUGAAAGCGGAGAUUGGCACUGUACUGCUAGUUGGAAGACACACAGUGGAUCUGUAUGGCGCGUGACGUGGGCUCAUCCUGAGUUUGGACAAGUUUUGGCUUCCUGUUCUUUUGACCGAACAGCAGCUGUCUGGGAAGAAAUAGUAGGAGAAUCAAAUGACAAACUUCGAGGACAGAGUCACUGGGUGAAGAGGACAACUCUAGUGGAUAGCAGAACAUCUGUUACUGAUGUGAAAUUUGCUCCCAAACACAUGGGUCUGAUGUUAGCAACCUGUUCAGCAGAUGGUAUAGUAAGAAUAUAUGAGGCCCCAGAUGUUAUGAAUCUCAGCCAGUGGUCUCUACAGCAUGAAAUCUCCUGUAAGCUGAGCUGUAGUUGUAUUUCUUGGAACCCGUCCAGCUCUCGUGCUCACUCGCCCAUGAUCGCCGUGGGAAGUGAUGACAGCAGCCCCAAUGCAAUGGCCAAGGUGCAGAUAUUCGAGUACAAUGAGAACACCAGGAAAUAUGCAAAAGCGGAAACCCUUAUGACCGUCACAGAUCCUGUUCAUGAUAUUGCAUUUGCUCCAAAUUUGGGAAGAUCUUUUCAUAUCCUGGCAAUAGCAACCAAAGAUGUAAGAAUUUUCACAUUAAAACCUGUAAGGAAAGAACUUACUUCUUCUGGUGGUCCCACAAAAUUUGAAAUCCACAUUGUGGCUCAGUUUGAUAAUCAUAAUUCUCAGGUCUGGAGGGUGAGUUGGAACAUAACAGGAACAGUACUCGCAUCCUCAGGUGAUGACGGCUGUGUGAGGUUGUGGAAAGCUAAUUACAUGGACAACUGGAAGUGUACUGGUAUUUUGAAAGGUAACGGGAGCCCAGUAAAUGGGAGUUCUCAGCUGGGAAGCUCAAAUCCUUCACUAAGCUCAAAUAUUCCAAAUCUUCAAAACUCAUUAAAUGGAUCUUCUGCUGGCAGAAAGCACAGCUGAGCACAGCUAGCUGGAGUAACUUUGCUGUUUGCCUGCUUGUUGCAUGCACACAGGAAUGGAGACCGGGCUCCUUCCCCCUUCCCCAGCGCCGUUUGAUCUCUCCCAAGAUGCACCAGCAGCCUGCUCACUUCUAAACACAGUCCAAAAGGCCUUUAAAAUUACAGCAUAUAUGAUUUUUUGUACUAGUCAGUUUGCUGACAUUAUAAAUGGAAAGGCUUUUUGUUGAGACAUCAUCACCAAAACAAUUUUUUGAAAUGUUCUGGAGACUAACUUGGGUUUAAAAACUGAAAAGAUUGCUACUAUCCUCAUAAAACUGUUGGGAGGAGGGAAAAUAUAAUUUUAUUUCCAUUUGGAGAAUAUAGGGAUAUGUCUUUUAUUUUCUACAACAAUAAGCUAAAAUGAUGAGUUUUUAUAAUUUUAAUUUGAAAAUCAAAUAAAUAUUUUUCAUAAAGAUUGUUUUGAGUGCUAAUUUGUUUACCUUUUGUAGAAUUGCUUUAUAGGUGAUAUUAUCCACACAACUGGUUGUAAUUAAAAGUACUAGUAAAGAAGCAGAUUUAUUAAUGUCGCACCAGAGUUGCGAUAAAAUAGCAUUUGCUACCACUUUAUCUGGUGGUAACAUAGUGGAAGCACUUUUAAGUUCUCAUCUCAUACUCAUAUAGGAGACGGCUGUUUCUAACAUGUGCAUGAACAUUUGUGGUGUGAUGCUAGACAACUUGCUUUCCUUUAAGACAUAUUGGAAGCAUAAGAAGAAUUGACAUUUUGCUGAAAAUGUGCAUGCAAUCGAAAUUCCAUGUCUCAGGAUUUUUAAUGUGUUGUUUCAAUGAAUUCCUGUCUUCUGAAACUCUUGACUUUGACAUAGUUAUAAACCUUUUCAUAUACUAAAUUGCAUACAAAUUACGGGUAAGUUAUAAGAUGGUAGAAUAACAGGCUGUAAUUCUUGGAGCCUUUUUACACACCAAAAUUCUGUAGCUAUUUUCAGUUUUUUGUUUUGCAGGAAACCACAACUGUCCAAUGAUUUUAUUUUUCAAAAGCAUGUUGCUGUAGCCAGCUUUUCAGUGUGCGAGUGUUGGGAUUGGUUCUCAGUAUCAUGUGUGCACUCGGCAGUGUAUGCCGGCUGCUGCGGCAAGUGCAGCCUUGCUCUAAGUGAAAAGCGUGUUAGCUCUGUAAAUUGCAGUAUCAAAUGAGAGAUCAGAUAAUGCUUUAAAUUUAUAAAAUUAAUUUCUCUGUAACAUACGUACUGACAAUUUUUUUGGCAUUUUAACUUUAACAGAUUUCUUUCCAAAGUUUUAUACUUGCUUAAGCAACCUUGAUUUGAGUGAGAGUCUUGAUUUGUACUAUUAUGUUCUAUUGGUUUUGGCAUGAAUAUACAAGCUUUUUUUUUUUCUUUUCUUUUCUUUUUUUGUUCU